AUGGGGAGAGCCAAAAAAGGCCCUAAAUUUGCAAAAAUGAAGAAGAUGAUUACGUCUAAAGCAAUUAAGCACCAUAAACAAGAGGUUUUGAAUCCGAAGAAAAAAGACUUAUCCCUCGAGAAGCUCCCAAGAAACGUGCCACAGGUUUCUUCGGCUCUCUUCUUCUCCUACAACACAGCUUUGGGGCCGCCAUACAGGGUUUUGGUGGAUACUAACUUCAUCAAUUUCUCUAUUCAGAAUAAAUUGGAUUUAGAGAAGGCAAUGCUGGACUGCUUGUAUGCGAAAUGCACACCUUGUAUAACGGACUGUGUGAUGGCAGAACUUGAGAAGUUAGGUCAGAAAUACCGUGUGGCUUUAAGGAUUGCUAAGGACCCACGUUUUGAGAGACUUCCCUGUAUUCAUAAGGGUACUUAUGCUGAUGACUGUAUUGUUGAAAGGGUCACCAAGCAUAAAUGCUAUAUUGUUGCUACAUGUGAUCGAGAUUUAAAGCGAAGAAUCCGCAAGAUCCCUGGUGUGCCAAUCAUGUACAUCACUCAACACAAAUAUUCGAUUGAGCGGUUGCCUGAAGCAACAGUAGGUGGAGGUAGGCCCCUGAGGAGAGGGGGAAUGGGACAAACGCAGGAUGUUGCAGUUAGUUUCUCAACCGUGAGUGUUUCAAUUCAAAACGAUUAUUCAUGCAGGUAG